AUGUUUGUUCCCACCUUCUCCUCCCUUUUCGCCCUCUUCGCCUACGUUUCUGCUCAUGAUACAGCAAAACCCGUCAUAAUCGAUACAGAUUUCUUCUCUGAUGUCGACGAUGUCGGGGCAUUGGCAAUCGCCAAUGUCUUGCACAAUUGUGGCCUCUGUGACCUUCAAGCUGUGAUGAUCAACACGCCUUCAAAGUAUGGAGCUUUGGCAGCAAGCGUAGUCAAUACCUACUACGGCAAUGGAGAUGUCCCCAUAGGAGCCCUACGACCCCUCACAAACGAGACAUUCUCGGACUCCUACAUGUUCACCCUAGGAGAAUACGCCUCCAAAAUCUCCCACAACUUCCCCCACAAACUCCAAUAUGCAAACGACACUUCCACCCCCUUGGACCUCUACACCUCCCUCCUACAAUCCGCAGAACCAAACAGCACAACAAUAAUCUCCAUCGGCUUCCUCACCAACCUAGCCUCCCUCCUCUCAACCCCCACGGGCCACUCUCUAAUUUCCCAAAAAGUCCAGAAACUAAUCAUAAUGGGCGGCCGCUACCCUUCAGGUUGGGAAUUCAAUUUCGGCGGCUCAGACCCUUCCUCCACAAUCACCACCCUCUCCCUCUGGCCCGCCCACAUCCCCAUCACCUAUUCCGGCGGCGAACUCGGCGAGGCAAUCUUCUCCGGCCAAUCGCUCCACUAUACCGCUCCCUCCACCUCUCCCAUCCGCGCCGCUUAUGAAUGGUAUGUAGGACGCUAUGCCACCGCCAGGGAAUCUUGGGAUCCUAUUACCGUUCUCUAUGGAAUUCUCGGCUUGCAGGGGUUCGAGAAGUUGGGAAUUCAGAGUCCUUUCAAGUAUGUCAAUGAAUUUGGGUAUAAUAACAUCACGGCGAAGAAUGCCAGUAAUGCGUGGGUUUUUGAUGAGAGAGUUCGGAAUCAGCAUUGGUUGGGAUUGGCGGAUGGGGUUGGUAAUGAGACGGUGGCGUGGAUUUUGAAUCAAUUCUAUGAGAGGGAUCCGAUCGUCAAGGGGUGUUUUGGAUUUGGGUCUGGUUCAGCCGGGCACGGGAGGGCAGAGCUUUGA